AUGAGGAAGCGCCAGAGAGCCAUUUUCACUGUUGAGUAAGAGCACGCCGCUCUCAGCGCGACACCGAGAGAAAGAAAGUGCGCAUUCUGGAUUUUACUGAGACGCCUUCGCUCGUUUUCGCUCUCCCCCACUUUCUGGGGGCCCGCUGGAGGCAGUUUGUGUGAGCAAAGCCUUGGGUGGACAUACAAUGGGGCGAAGUGCCUGUGGCAACUGGGCCGUUGUGCUGCCGAGGGGGGGAGGGGGUAGAGAGCCGACCGGCGCACAGAGCUAACAGAUCCAGCCAGUGUCAGGCCUCUCUCUCACACACACACACAGACACACAUUUACGGAAAGACUCCGAUUAGAGGCUUCUCAGGAACUAAAAACCUCUUUCUCUCAGGAAUAUGGUGGACUAACUAUGGAUUAACAUGUAUUUGGCGCAGUGGAUUUUGGGAAACGUACGGAGAUUUGAGAGCGAGAAGUCGCUGCGUUUUGGGAUCGAGUGAGAAACUUUUCUCGUCUUUCCGAGUUCCCUUUCUGUUUUGGUUUUGCUUUUGUGCCGAAAGGACCUCCUAAAUGGAUUACAAAAUGCAUUCCAAGUCCAAUGAUUUGCUGGAUUUUCAGACACUGGAUGCCCUUUUGGAAAAAAUUGCACAUUGCUCCGUCCCAGUUAAAAGAGACACCAGCGAGGAGUGCAAUGGAAUUGGUGGUGCUCUCCCUGUGGAGCCCACGCCCGGCUCGAGACUGAACGAGUGGUGUCCUGCCGCACCCCCUCUUGUCCCUCUGCCCGCGCUCCACCCCACCAGUAUGGGGGACGGCCUGGACGCAGUGCAGAUGUCGGGGAGCAGCAGCAGUCAGGGGCAGGCGUUGUCCCAAGCCUCUGGGUUAGCCAACCCUCCUGCCCCAGAAAUUGUCGACCCUACCCGUCCCAAGCGCCUGACCAACCAGCUGCAGUUUCUGCAAAAGGCGGUGCUGAAGAGCCUUUGGAAGCACCACUUCGCUUGGCCUUUUCAUUCUCCUGUUGACGCUGUUAAACUGAAUCUGCCUGACUAUUAUAAGAUAAUCAAAAAUCCUAUGGACAUGGGAACAAUCAAGAGGCGACUAGAGAACAAUUACUACAUAAAUGCCCAAGAAUGUAUUCAAGACUUCAACACCAUGUUUACUAACUGCUAUAUUUAUAAUAAGCCUGGGGAUGACAUAGUCUUAAUGGCAGAAGCACUGGAGAAGGUGUUCCUUCACAAGAUUUCGGAGAUGCCCCAGCAGGAGAUAGAAAUCAAGACUACGGGAAACAGAGGUCGUGGCCGGGGCAAGAGGGAGCAAGAUGUAAGCCUGAGGAUAGGGGCUACCAUGGAGUCUUCGCCUUCCCCCCAUACACGUGGCCUUUCCAGUCUCACGCCUGUGCAACAACCGAGAGCACCGCCACAAGGGCCGCCUAUUUUACCUCCCCAGCCCGCCAUGCAAGCCUUGCCCCCUCGGGUGCCUCCUUCGCUCCCUCCCCAUGCGCCGCAAUUAGGGCCACCUUAUUCUUUGGGACCCCCUGACUGCAACCCUCCACCCCCCAUCAUGACAGCUGUGCCUCCUCUUCCCCCCCAGACCUCUUUGCCGCAAAUGCACAUGCAGCAGAGCACCGGUUCCAUUCUACCAAGCCCCAUCCCAAUGGCGCCGAAACAGAGAAAGAGUCAGAAAAGAAAAGCGGACACCACGACACCUACUGCGAAUGACCAGCUGAGCGAGUCUUCACCUGCUGAGUCAAAGUCGGGAAAAACUCUGCCACGUCGGGAAAGUGCACGACCUCCAAAACUACCCAAAAAAGAGGCACCGGACUCCCAGCACCACUGGACGCUCGCCACUGGGACCCAUAGCCCAAAGCAACAAGAGCAGUUACGCUACUGCUCGGGCCUCGUGAAGGACAUGUUCUCUAAGAAGCACGCGGGAUAUGCUUGGCCUUUUUACAAGCCAGUGGAUGUGGCCGCUUUAGGGCUGCACGAUUACCAUGACAUCAUCAAACAUCCAAUGGAUCUCAGCACCAUUAAGGAUAAGUUGGAAAACAGACAGUACAGAGAUGCUCAAGAGUUUGCAGCAGAUGUACGGUUAAUGUUCUCCAACUGCUACAAGUACAACCCUCCAGACCAUGAAGUGGUGGCGAUGGCACGCAAACUGCAGGAUGUGUUUGAGAUGCGUUUUGCUAAAAUGCCUGACGAGCCAGAGGAAAUGAUGGCAAACGCUCCUGCGCCAGCGCUCCACCCGGCUCCUGUCAAAACGCAGCCGCCCACGGGCCCAGCUUCAUCCUCGGACACCUCCAGCGACUCCUCAUCCGAAUCUGAAUCGUCCACUGAUGACUCUGAGGAGGAGAGAGCUCAGAGGCUGGCAGAACUUCAGGAGCAGCUGAAAGCGGUUCAUGAGCAGCUGGCUGCCUUGUCCCAGCCUCAGACCAGCAAACCAAAGAAGAAAGAGAAGGAAAAGAAAGAGAAGAAGAAAGACAAGCACAAAAAGAAAGCUGUACUGGAGGACAUCCUGGAGCCACCUCCUGCCCUCAAGGCUCAGGGAAAGCCCAAGAACAAGACCGAUGCUCUGCCCAAGAAGCCCAAAAAGCUUAGCAAAAAGGAGGGAGGUAAGGGUAACCGCUCCAUGGCUCCCUUGGGCACGGCCCCACCCACCCUGCAGCCGGUGACAGGCCUGGAUUCUGAGGAGGAUCUGGGUCUGACUGGAGGGCAAGCAAUGGCAGGCAUGGCCGCUACGGAGAAGUGUAAGCCCAUGUCAUAUGAAGAGAAGAGACAGCUGAGUCUGGACAUAAACAAGCUGCCUGGAGAUAAACUGGGGCGCGUGGUCCACAUCAUCCAAUCCCGCGAGCCCUCGCUCAAAAACUCCAACCCGGACGAAAUCGAGAUUGACUUUGAGACGCUAAAGCCCUCCACGCUACGAGAGCUGGAGAGAUACGUGUCGUCCUGUCUGCGCAAGAAGAAGAAGCCGGCAGUUCCAGAGAAGUCCAUGGACGCAAUGAGUUCGGCAAAGACGAAAGGUUCAUCAUCAGAGUCGGGCAGCAGCAGUGAGUCCAGCUCUUCAGAAAGUGAAGACUCGGAGAUGGGGAUGGCUUCCAAGACGAAGAAAAGAGGCAGAGGUGAAGGAAAGAGAGCUCAUCACCAGGCAAUGGCACCGGGCAUGCAAGUUCCUCAUCAACCGCAGACGCCUGUGCUGCAGCCCACCAUUCAGCUCAAGCAGCAGCAGCAACAACAUCCCUCGCCAGCCACUUUCAUGGCUCCUCCUGUUACAGCGCUGGAACCUUCACAACUGCUGGAAGCCCCCUUUGACCCCCUUUCCCACUUUAGUCAGCCCCUCAUGCACCUUUCCUCUCACGCUAAUGACUCGUCCUCCCCUGCACCACCCCACCUCAACGCUCACCCUCCGGGAGGCCCUGUGUCACCUGAGACGCACCCGUUCCUGAACCAGCACCCCAUUCUUCCUUCCCCGGCCCUACACAACGCAAUGCCCCAGCAGCCUUCACGGCCCAGUAAUAGGGCAGCUCCGCUACCUCCUAAACCUCCGCAACAAAGCACGCCCCAGCAGCAGCAGCAGCAACCCCAGCAGACGCUGCCCCAGCAGCUCCAACAGAACCAACAGCCUGCUGCUGCUCCUCCCCAGCACCACCUUCCUCCUCACCUCCUACACCCUUCUCAGCAGAUGCGUCAGCGACCCCUCUCCCCUCCCACGCUCACUCCCCAAGGCCUGCUCUCCUCUCAGCCUCCACAGAUGCUACUAGAGGACGACGAGGAGACGGUUCCCUCCAUGUCGCUGCCGAUGUACCUGCAACACCUUCAGCCGAACCGCCUGCAGCAGCAGCAACAACAAACAGCCUCGUUAUUGCAGUCGCUGCAGAGCAGGCAGCAGCCAGGGCAGCCGUCGUUGCUGCAGUCAGUGCAGGUUCAGUCGCAGAUGGGGACGCAAAGCUCCCUACCCCCACCGCAGCUCCCUGUUCAGACUCAGCCCCAACAGGCGGCAUCGCAUCAGCCCUCCCCGCAGCUCUCGCAGCAUCAGGCGAGACACGUGCAGCACUCGCAGCAGCAGCUGAGCUUUUCUCAAGGCCCAAUGCAGGCCACACAAACUCAACCCAGUCAACACAAAGUCCCAAUGCCUCCCACCAAAGCACAGCAGAUCAUCCAGCAGCAGCAACAACAGGCGCAGCAGCAGACGCAGCAUCACUCUCCACGUCAACACAAGUCUGACCCGUAUAACUCAGCACACAUGCGUGAUAACCCCUCCCCACUCAUGAUGCAUUCCCCUCAAAUCCCUCAGUAUGCCACUUUCCAGCAGUCCCCCCCUCAGGGCAAAAAGGAAUCACAGCGAGGUCCUUCAGCUCUUGUCGGUAUUAAAGAGGAAAAGCUGCCCCCGUCGUCUGUGAUGCGCAGUGAGCCAUUUAGUCCAGCCAUGAGACAAGACUCUCAUAAACACCCUGAGACCAAACCAACAAUGACGGGCCACAGCCAACAGAGAGCCGAUAUGAAACCACUUGAAAGUUCCCGACCUGUCAUACGCUCGUCUGAACAGAGCGGCCCACCACCUUCAAUGCAGGACAAAGACAAAUUCAGACAGGAACCCAAGACACCCGUGGCCCCUAAAAAGGUACAGGAUGUGAAACUGAAGAAUAUGGGUUCCUGGGCGAGCCUGGCACAGAAAUCCACCUCUGCUCCCUCGUCCGGACUAAAGUCGUCCAGUGACAGCUUCGAGCAGUUCAGGCGCGCAGCCCGGGAAAAGGAAGAGCGAGAAAAAGCUCUGAAGGCCCAGGCCGAGCAAGCUGAGAAAGACAGGCAACGCAGAGAACAAGAGAACAAGAUGCGGGGGCGAGAUGAUGAGGAGUCCAUGGAAUCUGCAAGAAGACCCCCGGAGGAGCCCCGCAGGCGGUCGGAGCAACAACAGGUUCAGCCUCCUCCUCAGCAGCAGCAGCACCAAACGCAGUCUCAAACCCAGAACCCGGCCCAGCCGCCCGCGGCCCCACAACCUUCCCAAGCGCCGCCACAGUCCCCUGCCUCUUCCCAGAGUGCACUUGACCAGCAGAGGGAGCUUGCACGUCGCCGGGAACAGGAGAGGAGGAGGAGAGAGGCGAUGGCAGCUACUAUCGAUAUGAAUUUCCAAAGUGAUUUGAUGGCUAUCUUUGAGGAGAACUUGUUCUGAGUGUAAGAGGAAGCGAGAGACUGCAAAAAAAACCCAACAACGACCAGAUCACGGAUUCCUCUACACGGACAGAAUGGACUUGUAAAGCAGUAAGGGAAAGAGACCCCGUCUGACCGCAAGAAACACUGAAGAGGCUGAAAUAGCGAUGCAUAAGCUGAGGCCCUGUGAGGGAGGCUGUAGCUCUUCUUUUGCCUUAGCAGAAAGAGAGAGGGACCCUCAGACUGGGACGCCAUCGCCUCUCCGGCAUUCCUCCUGGAUUUGGCAUUGUGACCGUGGCAGGAAAGAGAGGACUUGUGUGACUCUAAUUCAGAAUAUGGGAGCAAUGGACAAUGCUACGAUUAGCGGAGGAAUAACCUAAACGACAACAUUUAAAUGUACUGAUUAUCUGUAGUACGGCAUCCAUCGACUGCCAGACGUCUGAGGGGGAUUUGUUGUUCUCGUUUCGUUUCCCUUCCAUCGUUUUGAUUUCGCCAUAUGUCCUUUCCCCCCUUACACGGCAGGAUGGGAUCGGGGGCACUUAAGAUCUUCCUCGGGAGAAGAGGGGAAGUGUACAGCUCGCCUUACACCGCUGACUUGUAACCGUGACAACACAAAUAAAAUUCACCAGGGGCUGUGAUAAAUGACUAACCGUGGUGUGUUUCACACUGUUAUCAUGUGCAGAUGUUUCAUUAUGUAGGAUCUACUGUAAAAAGGUAUUUUCUUAAUUACUGUUUUGGUUGAUUUGGUUUUCUUUUCCUUUUUUUAAAAAAAAUAUUUUUAACUCUCUCUUACCAACACCUCACCCCCCCCCCCCCUCUGAUGUCUAUGCCAAACAUACGCAUAUCCUUUUACGCCCGAAACGCUUCACUUAACGUCUUUCUUAAUAUAUAAAUAUAUUUUCUUGUUCUCCCCACUCGUCAUUAAAAGUUUAGGUAGUCUUGUAGAAAAUAAACCCUAAUAUAUGCAUUAUUCUGACAAGUGUUAAUCGAGGCGAGAAACGGAGAUCUACUUUUCACUUUUCAUCGUUUUCACGUAAAAGGAAUCCUAUGGCAGGCCGGAGCGCUGAUCUAUAAGAGGCGGUUUCUGUUUAGUUUAAGUAUAAUUUAAAGAAUACAGGAACUAUUUUAAGUGUAUUAUACAUGCAUACAUACAUAUAGAAGGAAAACUCGCAACUCUGUGCAAACUGGUACACGCAUUUUACAAUGUCAUGCUAGCGCCGGGCAAAAUUUAGGCGCGACGGAGCUCUCAGCUGGUCACUGCAUGACUCCUCCUUUCUUUUCACGUUUCAUUACAACUGCACAGAGCGAACUCUGUAUGCUGUACUAGAUAUAAUUACAAAAAAGUUUGCAAAAAAAAUCAAA